AUGGAAAAGACAGAAGUUGAGCAGCAUCCCUCUUCAGAGUCAUUUACUGAAAAAGAUGUUAGCGCUCCAGUAACAUCAACAACAACAACAACACCCACAGGUGGAUACAACACUGAAUCAGCUCUACCACCUAAAAUACAUUCGGAAGCCAGUUACUACGACAAUGCAAGUGCUGGGAGAGGCACUGGUACUCCACGGUCACCCAACAAAUGGAGAGUUAUCCUACGUACAUGGCAGGCAAUUGCGGCACCUGCAGUAUUUAUACUUCAAGCAGGCGCCAGUGCAUAUACAAACCACGAUACUCCAGCUGCUAUCAAUGUUGUCCUCUUAUACUUUGUGUGCGGUGCCUGCAGUGCAUCCUUCAUCUGGAGCUUGUUCAUGAUUUAUGUCUAUUUCUCCCGACGUUUUGGAAACGGUGGCAAAGUGAAACGAACCGUAGCAUUUGGCGUGGAUGUUUGUUUUGCGGUUCUUUUGGGAAUUGGUGUGUGUGCUGAGAUCGGUAUGUACAAGUGUCCCCCAGGCGAGUUAGAGGGCUGGUGUGAUCUCUUUAAUUCUGGUAUUUUCUUUGGCAAAAUAAUAUAUUAUACAUAUAAUAAUCCUGCAGUUUAUGUGACAUUUGAGGUGGUUUCUCAUAUUCGUAAUCAAAUCAUCGUUUUUUACAUUGGUGAAAAGAAGACAUUGCAAGCAUAUCUCCAUUUUGACCGAUUGAAGGACUUGGAUGGUGAAUAA